AUGAACGCCGACCACCGUGUGUCUCCGCAGCCGUGCCUGAGCAGCACCUCUCUGGACAUGGUGGUGAAUGUGCUGAGGCUUGACGAAGCAAGGGCAACGAAGUCACGUCAACUGCUGAUUAGUAUGGCAGGUCUCUUUUUUUUAUCGAUAGCACCUACACGUCAGCAGCAACAACAGUCCGUCGGGGCGGAAGGCGCAAAGAGCCAUGCCACCGCGGCGCUGUUGGGUGGUGUUCUAAAGCGCUUCAUUCCUCUCUGUGGCGUGGAUGCACUCACCACGUAUGCCUGCGGUACGGUGCUGCAUGUUGAAGUGAAGCGUGAGCACGACGUUGUGCUGUUGAGAGACAUGUCAUCGACGACAGCAACUGCCUCCAGCAGCGAUGACAGAGGUGGUGCGAGCAUCCUGGAGGUCGCGAACCGCAUCGUUGAACUGCGUACAGCCUUUUCUCCUUUCCCACUUGUGUUGCGCAGCAUCGACACCAUGCCGCUUCCCUCUUGGCCCCAGCUGUCGAAGCAGUACAUUGCGGAAUUAUUCCCGCUCUCUGAGGGAUACACAAAUGUGCGUUUACGCCUCGCACUGCGGCGAUACGCAUCAAUGUGCAGCGACGCCGUAGCUGUAGAUUGCACUAGCGAGGAGCAUGAUGGAAACCGUUGCAACUGCCUCUUGGCGUGGGCAGAGGCGUGGAAAGAUGCUUCUGAGGCAAUGACUGUUGAUGUGGAAGAGGAAGUGACUCUCUCAGAUUGGAAUGCUGCUUCUUUGCUGCGCCCAUGCCGAGUUGUUUUGGGGAAAGUGUUGCCCUUGUCACUCCCUACGUGGUUAGUGUCUCUCGUACUGAAGCAGCACGUCGUCCUUGGGACGGAGGUGCGGGUUGUGUCCACAACGACGCGGAUAGUGCGUCAGUGGCCGCCAGUGAGCCACGCGGAGGCAACCAGGCAUCCACGCCAACAAAAACCGAAGGAGGAGAAGGAAGAGGAGUGGGCGGUUGGCGAUACUUCCAAGAAGAAGGCGGUGGCUGAGAUCGAGUGGCUUCUGCUCACCUGUGACGGCCUAAUCCUCUCCAACAGUAGACGUGACGGAACACAACUACAUCACGAGCAAGAUGGACUACUGGUCAAGUCACUGUACAGCCUGGCGAAGAUUCAAGUGGAUCAGUCGAGCUGCAGCAAUGAUGGUAUUGCUACAACUAGCUGCCUUGAUAACGUUGGCCCUAUGAAGGGCAGCAGGAUAAUACUCUUCUUCGAGGAACGUGCGGAGAUGCACAGCAAUAUGACGUACCAACUGCCUCCCGCGGUGGCUCACCGUGUGGAGGGGAGUGCAUUCACGGUUGGAGACGACAAGAAGGCAGCAAUUAUGCAGACAGAGUGUGUCCUUUGUAUCCCCUCCGUUUCUGCUUCUCUUUUUGCAGGGAGUGCGGCUCCGCAGUGCUGCGAUGCCCGCACCAUUGCAAACGCCAUUGCUGUUCUGUUGGGCCGGGAUGGAAUCAGCAUCCCCGUCGUGAUGGAAUCNACACCGCGUGCUGAGUCAUUCUCCCUCAGCCUCGACACAUUUGCCUCUUUGGAAGACGGCGCUGAUGAAGAUAUUAUUAUUGACUUUGAUGAUGAUAUUGAACUGGGUGAUGAUUUUGAAAUUGAGUAUGAUAUCGAUGAUAUUGGUAUUGGCGAAGAUCUUGCUGCGGGUGACGUUUUUGUGGAUGAUGAUAUUGCUGCUGCUGCUGCUAGUGCAGCUGGGGAUGCUGCAUCAUUGAGCCGCACUUCACCACCACCACAGCAGCAGCAGCAGCAAGAGCCACCGGACUAUCGGCGGCCGGUAGGUCCCAUCCCACGGCAGUUCACGUCGGACGUGACGCUGCUGGCCCGCCAAGUGCUGCGGCUGACCUCUAAGAGGGUGUGGGAGCUGCGCGUCCUCGUUGUGACACACAACACACUCUUCAUCUGCGACAAGAGGACUUCCGUGCGCCGGCGCAUUCCCCUUGCGGCGAUUGUGCUGAUAAGGCUUUUGCUUCAUCACAGAGAGGGGUCGGCAGUGGUCUGCCACGUUCGCUGCGAGCAUGAUCUUGUUGUAAAGGAGCACCCUGCCACACCGUCGUGGCUCGCACUUGGCGACUUUGCACACCUUAUUGUAAGGGAGUGCCCGUCCAUAUGCUUUAAAGAGACAAAUCUCGCUGAUGCAAAAGACAAGCUGAAGGUUCUUCUUAAGCACCUCGACUUGAGGCGCGUCUCACGCUGUGCGUCGAUUCCUCAGCGGGUGGAGCGGUUUCACGAGUCGCGGCACAGUACUGCAACUAAGGUGCGAGUGGACACACAACAACGAAGUGAAGCCUCCAAGGGGGGCGGCAUUUCAGUUGUGCCAGUGAAAAAAGAUGGGAAUAGUCACCAGGGUGACGUUCCUGUUGAGGCCUCUGUGGUCUCUGGGACCGUUCGUCCCGCUUGGAACGCAGGAACGCAGCUACCCUUCACGAGUCGGCUUGAGACGCCGGCGCACGAAGUGACGAAGAUUGACCGCUUUCUCCUCAACGAGGCUACAGCUCGCGAGCUGCUGCUUAAGUUGGAGCAUUCACGGCGCCGUCGCAUCCUACAGUGCUUCUUGCGUGGGGCUGAUGCGCCACAAGAGCAGGAGGAGGAAGCAAGUUUGACGCUGUCUGAAGCGAAAGUGGCGCAAGUCCCCAGGGCGCUGGACUAUGACGACACCUCCCUGUGCUGUGUGGCAUCUAACCCGGUGGAGUUGGAGAAUGCUGCUGCGGCAAGCGCCAAGAGUGUUUCCAUGACAAACGGACGGCUGCAAAGUUGUAGGAGCCCACCAGAAGUUGCACUUCACACCGCCGCGGCGGAGAGUGACGCUGUCCUUGAGGAAGGGCGCCGUUCAGUGUGUCCCCGUUGCGGGAAAGGGCGGCCGCAGUUGCUUGUUCCUUACACACGGGCUGACGACGUUGCGCAAUGGGCGCGCGAGGUGCUGAAUCCGCUUUCGUCCCUCGACACCACGUCGUCGUGGACGGUGGUUCGCUUUCAGUGCAGCAACGAUGUGAUGGUAUGCGUGGGAAACACGGCGUUUGUGCGCCACGUCCGCCAUGCGAUGCCGAGCAUUUUGGAUGGCGCGAUGCUGACAGGAGGUCACAUCGUCACGUGCUACUUUUACCCUUUUGGGUUAGGGACCACGUUGAGGACGAAUAAUGCCAGGUGUCCACCGCCGUGCUGGGGCGGCACACUGCAGGUACAACAACUGCUGCGCGAAGUCUCGUCGGUGCCGCUCUCCACACUGCUGCUUCCUCUCUCUUGUGUUGACGCUAAUGCUCCUUCUGCUGUCUUUCCUGCCACCGCUACCGCCUCACGACUUCUGCACAACGCAGUGUACUGCCGUGUGGGGUCUCAUCGUUGGUUUGAGAUUCCGCUCUCAUUGUUUGUUGCUGACUGCCUAUGA